AUGCUCCAGUACUUUGAGACCAACGGGGAGCGCGAGCUUGUAGCAACGGCGCACCCGCUCCCGCAGCAGCAGCCGCAGCAGCGGGAACAGCAGGGUGAACGGAAUGUUGACGAUGACGUUCACGCUGACGUUGACGUUGACGUUGACGAUCCCGCGUCCCCAUACCCCAAAUCCUUUUCCCUUACCACUCAGCCACAGACGGGCUCCGGCGGCCCGGGCGCCUUGAGGUGCCUCUUAGUAGGCUCCUUGAACCACGGAAGCGGCUCGGAGCAGCAUGACGGGAGCGUCCGCGGCGGGCAGGGUGCAGCGGGGGAGGUUGGCGGGAUCGGCGGGAAUGGCGGAAGUUGGGAUGUUGGCGCGGGGGGAAGCGGGGGGGAGUUUAGGACGGCGGAUAGUGGGGGAGAGUACAAGGCGGAGGGUAAGGUGGAUGGUAAUAGAGCGGGCUCGGCGCUUCGGCGGGAAGCUAGUCUAGGGACAGGGAUUCGACGAGAGAGCAGCAUAGGGGCGGGGCUUCGGCGGGAGAGUAGCAUAGGCUCGGGGCGCUUACCGCCUUUGCAUUCCCAGUCUCACGAAGGCCCCGCGAACGUUCCUCCGCAUGCGUUUGUGCAUGCCAAUUCUCAUGGGAACGUAGGCAUGGGCGCGGGCGCGAGUGUAAACGCGAAUGCGAGGGCGAAUGUGAAUGCAGCAGCGCAGAUUAAUCCGCAGCAGGUGGGGAAUAGGCCGCGAUUGAAGGAGUUUAAGGAUAAUGAGCUGACGUGGGAAGAGAAGGUGACGUGGCAGAUGGGGGAAGGCGCGAGCGGGGGAAGCAGGGGGAUAGGUGGCGGGGGCGUAGGGAGCGGGGGAAACAGGGCGAAGACGGGGAGCAGGUUGAGAAAUGGGGGGAGAGGGGGAGGGGGACUGGGGCGCCAGCGAAGCUUGGACGCGAAUUUCGUGCAAGAGAUAGGAUUCGCGAGUGAAAGUGAUGACUCCGAGGAGGAUUUCCCGCUCGGGCGGAGAGGGGGAGCGGACGAGGAGCGGAUGGGGGGAGCGGAACGGUUUGGGGGAAGCGGAACCACGGUUGGAGGGGGAAGAAUGGGGGGAGCGGGAGCGAGGGGGAAGACAGCGCGGGGAAUGGUGGUUAUGUCCCCCGAGAGGAGGUGGUGUGGGACGAGCGGAGGGGGAAGGGGGAAGACAGGGGGGUCGUGGGGCGGAGAGAGGGGGUUUGUGGCGGAAGAAGGGGAAUUCGAGGCGGAGGGGGAGGCGAGGGGGGGAAGGAGGGGAGAGGGGAGGGCGGAAGGGAGGGCGGAGGGGAGGGGGGCGGGGAGGAGGCAGGAAAGAGACGAGCUGGACUCUGUUGUUGUUGGUGGUGGUGCUGGUCGUGAUAGCGGUCGUGAUAGGGGUGGUGGUGGUGAUAGUGAUGACGAUGAUGAGACUUGUAUUGGGCCUACGAGGGCGCAGACGCUGGGAAGGCUGUCUGAAAGAACCGGGAGAAGAAUGCGAUUCAAAUCAGAGGGCGGCGGUUUCACCCACUCAUGGCUGGAUGACGUGGCGGACUCCCAUUGGCUCCCGGACCUGCACGUUCGGGCCCACCUGGACGAAGCAGGGAUAGGCCUGGCGGGGCUCCGCCUGGGCAGUGGCGAGCUGGUUCACUGCAGCGCUGCUCUAGCUGCCAUGCUGGGGCGACCAGUCAACGCCCUGGAAGGGUCUCCACUGCAGAACUUCCUCAGCGCCCCUGCCAUUCGGAGCUUCCAGGUGGGUGGGUCUCCCAGCUUCCAGGCUGGCAUGGGGGGCCUGUGCCGCUGUGCGGCUGGGCGUGUAGGCAGUGGCGAGCUGGUUCACUGCAGCGCUGCUCUAGCCGCCAUGCUGGGGCGAUCAGUCAACGCCCUGGAGGGGUCUCCUCUGCAGAAUUUCCUCAGCGCCCCUGCCAUACGAAGCUUCCAGAGCUGGUUCGGCAGCAUAUCAGCAGCAACUCUUGCUUUGAGGCACCCCUCCCCUUUCCCAUCUCUCCCCACCUCCCCUCCCCUCGCCUCCCCCCCCUCUCUUCCCCGCCUCCCUCCCCGCGCCCUCCGGUUCAGAGUUGGUUCGGCAGCAUAUCAGCAGCGACCCUGUCAGCACACGCACAGCACCUAUCACCACAUGCCACGUGGCACAGGCAGUCCCACCAUGACCUGCCUGUCGUCAUGCCAGGUGGGUCAUACGUGUGUGUGUUCUCUGUGCUGUGCUCUUCCCUUCCAAACGCUGUGUGCUGCAUGUUUCGUGCACUGUGCUUUUUGCCAGAGUGGCUCUAUCAUCGUUCUGCUUCUGUGGAUGUUUCUGUGCCUGCUUGUUCACAUCUGGGGAAGAAGGGGGAGAAGUGGAGGAAAGCAGUACUCAACGAAGCAUCCCUUCACCCACCAUCCUCAGGUGAAGUGGUCGGACUUGAUUUCCUUGUCCCACUGUCGUACUUGUCCCCCAUUCUCAGGAGGCAGCAUGCGGCGCGUUCGCCUCACAUGGCAUGUGGCGCCAGCAGCAGAUGCUGUGGCAUGGGGUGUGUUGCUGGAUCCAAGACACUUAUGCCUCGACCCCCCCUCUCAUAUCCGUCCCCCCCUCUCAUAUCCGUCCCCCCAGCCGUCUCCCCACCCCUUCAACCCCACAGGAGGCAGCAUGCGGCGCAUUCGCCUCACAUGCCACGUGACACCAGCAGCAGGUGGUGUGGGUGGAGGCAGCAUGCAGCGCAUUCGUCUCACAUGCCACGUGGCACCGGCAGCAGAUGGGGCGGUAUGGGGUGUGUUGCUGGAUCCAAGGAACUUAUGCCUCGUCCCCCUCCUCUCCUAUCCUUCCCCCCUCCAUCCACCUCCCUACAAUCCCCCAGGAGGCAGUAUGAGGCGCAUUCGUCUCACAUGCCACGUGGCACCGGCAGCAGAUGGGGCGGUAUGGGGUGUGUUGCUUGAUCCAAGGAACUUAUGCCUCGUCCCCCUCCUCUCCUAUCCUUCCCCCCUCCAUCCACCUCCCUACAACCCCCCAGGAGGCAGCAUGCAGCGCAUUCGUCUCACAUGCCACGUGGCACCGGCAGCAGAUGGGGCGGUAUGGGGUGUGUUGCUUGAUCCAAGGAACUUAUGCCUCGUCCCCCUCCUCUCCUAUCCUUCCCCCCUCCAUCCACCUCCCUACAAUCCCCCAGGAGGCAGUAUGAGGCGCAUUCGUCUCACAUGCCACGUGGCACCGGCAGCAGAUGGUGCGGGUGGGGCGAGGGGCGAUGACCCCCCUUCCAUGUUCAUGGCUCUCUUCUGCGACCUCUCUGCUGCUCUGCACGGCUCCAAGGUGAGAGGUGCUGUUGCAGGUGCCGGGGGUUUGAGGGCUCUCUUCAGCGACCUCUCUGCUGCCCUGCACGGCUCCAAGGUGAGGCGUGCUGGUGAUGGGUUGGGAGCAAGGGAGCAUGGUUGGAGAGAAGAGAAGAUGAGGGAGGGAGGGAGGCUGGUGGUGGCCCCUAUCCCUCACCCGCCCUCCAUGUGCAUGGCUCUCUUCAGCAACCUCUCUGCUGCCCUGCACGGCUCUAAGGGAGCAAGGUUGGAGAGAAGAGAAGAGGAGGGAGGCUGGUGGUGGCCCCUCCACCCUCACUCCCCUCCCUCCAUGUUCAUGGUUCUCUUCAGCAACCUCUCUGCUGCUCUGCAUGGCUCCAAAGAGGUGCGAGCCAAGAGGUGCGCUUUCAUUCUGCAGCACCUGCCAGCAGGGGUGGUGCACAUGCUUCCAGAGGAGCGAACCAGAGGGGGAAGCGGAGGCGGGGGGAACGGUGGGGGGAGCAGCAACAGUGCUGGCAGUGGUAGGGGCAGCAGGGGGGAGAGGAGCGGUGGCGGCAGCAGCAACGGGGAUGAGGUGGUUAUUAACCCUCAUAUGGAGGCAAUUACGGGGUAUUCACGGGAGGAGCUGAGCACAGUGGAUUCGUGGUUCUCGUGCCUCUUCAGGGAAAGAGCCGAAGAGGUGCGGGUGAGGCAAAUCCUGGAGGCAGAUAGUGCAAAGGGGUUCAGAGAAUCGAGAACACUGAUAAUGGUGCGGAGGGAUGGCGAGCCGCGGUGGUUAGAGGUGGCGGUGAGGGACUAUGGGGCGGGAGGGGGGCGACCUGUGCGGCAAAUCCUGGAAGCGGACAGGGCGAUGGGGUUCAGGGAGUCGAGAACACUGAGGAUGGUGCGGAGGGAUGGAGAGCCGCGGUGGUUAGAGGUGGCUGUGAGGGACUGUGGGGCGGGAGGGGGCGACCUGUGGGUGGUGAGCGACAUCACAGACCAUCUGAUCGUGCGGGAGAAGUUCCGCCUGCUCUAUGAGGCCUCCUCGGUGAGUGGACGGCUGUCUUGUGAUGGCAAUCUUGUGUUUGCUGACACGGGCAUCACAGAGCGCAACGACGCUGCCAUCCACUGCCUGCGCUGCAGCAAUGUGCUCUCCUGUUCCUGUCCCGACGGCUACCUUGUAUUCGAUGACACGGGCAUCACGGAGUGCAACGACGCGGCCAUCCACUGCCUGCGCUGCAGCGACAAGAGCGAGCUCAUCGGGCGGCAUCCCGCGUACUUUUCCCCCGAGCGCCAGCCAGACGGGCAGCGGUCGGACGAGAAGGCGGUUGAGAUGGUGGCGCUGGCGACCGAGAUGGGCAUGCACAAGUUUGAGUGGAUGCACAUGCGAAAGGACGGCUCGCUCUUCCCCGUGGAGGUCACCCUCUCCUUCCUGCAGCUAGAGCACAACCGCCCCAUGCACAUGGUCGUCUGGCACGACCUCUCGGAAAUCAAGCGCCAGGCACAGGAGCUGCAGGCAGCUAAGGAGGCGGCGGAGAGGGCCAACCAGGCAAAGAGCCAGUUCCUGGCGAAUAUGAGCCACGAGAUCCGCACCCCCAUGAAUGGUGUGAUCGGAGUGGCAGAGCUCCUGCUAGGCACGGACCUCACAGCCGAGCAACGCUCGUACCUCGAAAUCAUUCGCUCUUCAGGAGACAAUCUUCUGCGAAUCAUCUCGGACGUGCUCGACCUCUCCAAGAUUGAAUCCAAGAAUCUAGCGCUGGAGAGCAUCGAUUUCAACAUGCACCAGCAGGUGACGGAGGCUCUGGCGCUGCUGGAGGUGGUGGCCAAGGACAAGGGAUUGUUCCUGGAGCUGGAUAUUCAUGACGAGGUGCCAGCGGUGGUGAUGGGGGAUCCUGUGAGGCUGCGGCAAGUCCUGCUGAAUCUGAUCUCUAAUUCCAUCAAGUUUACUGAAACUGGCGGCAUCACAGUGAUUCUGCGCCUGGCCACGCAGGUAGAGCUGGGGGAGGUGGAGGAGGUGAGGAGGGAGAGCCACAAUAACAGGCUCAUGAUUCUGCGGCUGGCCACGCAUGCAGAGCUGGGGGAGGUGGAGGAGGCGAGGAGGGAGAGCAGCAAGUGUAUGAGCAUGCAGCGGGGCGAGAGCAAGGAGAAGGGCGAGAGCGGUGCUGCUGGCAACCUGUUGACCUCUGCCGAGGGAGGAGCAGGAGGAGGAGGAGGAGGAGGAGGAGCGGGAGUAAAGACUGGAAGCGGCAGUGGUGGUGGUGGUUCAGGAGGAAAGGGAGAAAAGGGUGAGAAGGGAGAGAAGGGAGCGGUGAAAAGAAGAGAAGCAGAAGAGUCAGAAGGGGCAGGGAAACCAGAGGAUGGUGUGGUGGUGCGGUUUGAGGUGCGGGACACAGGAGUGGGCAUGGACGAGGCAGCCAAGGGGCGGCUGUUCAAGGCGUUCUCCCAGGCUGAUAACUCCACGAGUCGCCGAUACGGUGGCACGGGGCUGGGACUGGCCAUUUGCAAGAGCCUCUGUUUUCUUAUGGGGGGGGAUAUCGGCAUGCACAGCCAGGUAGGAGUGGGGUCCACCUUUUUCUUCUACGUGCGAAUGCAGCGGGUGAACCCCAAGGAGAGCGCCAAGCCAGCAGGGGAGAGCGCCACAAGCAGCGACGCGGAGCCGCUGUGGGUGCAGCUGCAGCACAUGCGCGUGCUGGUGGCCGAGGACAACAAGGUGAAUCAGAUGGUGGCAACGCGCAUGCUGCAUAACCUGGGGCUCAAAUACGACGUGGUGGAGAACGGCAGGCUGGCGGUGCAGGCGUGUGUUGACAGGCACUACGACGUGGUGCUCAUGGACUGCCACAUGCCUGACAUGGACGGGUAUGAAGCCACCCGCCACAUACGGGCCAUGGAAGAGGAGAGACUCACUGCCUAUGCUGCUGCUUGUGCUGGUACUGUUGCUCCUCCUAAUUCCUUCUCGUCAACGCAUUCCCCUCCCUCCCCUCUCUCUCCUCCCCACCAGGACUGCCACAUGCCUGACAUGGACGGGUAUGAAGCCACCCGCAACAUACGAGCCAUGGAAGAGGAGAGAUUCGCUGCCUAUGCUGCUGCCGGUGGUGGCAGGGGCAGCAGCGGUGGUGGUGGGUACGGGAGGAGUGGCAGCAGGGGGGGUUACGGUAGCAGCACAGACGGUGAUAUGAGCGAAGCGAGCUCUCCCAGCCACCCCCACAGCAGCAGCUCUCGCACCCGCCGCUCCCACCGGCCGCGCCGGACGUUCAUUGUGGCGCUUACCGCAUCGGCUCUUAGCGAGGAUAAAGACUCGUGCAUGGCAGCGGGAAUGGACCAUUACUUAGCUAAGCCCAUUCGGCCACGGGACCUAGAGAGAGUGAUAAGAGAGGGGAUGGUGAAGAGGAGGAGAGAGUCUAUUAGUGAGGAGGCGGGGGCAGCUUUUUCUGAGAAAGGGUGUGAGGGGAGUGAGGGGUCAUUGUCCCCUCAGAUGGCUUAUAAAGGGGAUGAGGGGCCGGUGUCCCCUCUUUAUAAGGGCUCUGAGAGGGGUGGAAGGGCGGUAUCCCCUUAUAGGGGGGGUUAUGACGGGGGGGAGAGGCCUUUGUCUCCCUUGACGUUUAAGCAGCGGCAUGAGCGGGGAGAGCAGGGGUGGCCACAGCAGCGGCCACAGCAGCAGCCACAGCAGCAGCCACAGCAGCAGCAGCAGCAACCGGAGCAGAGGGGUGAAAAAUCAGGUGGGUAUUCAGGUGGGGGAGGAAUAAAACAUGGUGUUGGUGGUGGUGUGGGGUUCGGCCCUAGUCCGUCCUUUGGUGCUUGGGGCGGGCGAGACGUGCGAGAGUGGGGAGAGGGGCAGGGAGGCCAAUGGUCGGAGGAAGGAAACGAGGAAGGGGGGGAGGAAGAGGAGGAGGAAGAGGAGGAGGAGCAGGAGGAGGAGGAGGAAGCGAUGGUAGAGGUUCAGGAAGAGGAGGUUCGUCAGCGGAGCCGCUGCAGUCGCCCAGGCCCGGCCAGUCCACACCUGAGGGACAGGGUUGGGAAAGGCCAAGUCCACGGGGUGGGUAUGGCGGAGUGCAGAGCGGUGACGAUGGGUCAAGUGCGGGGUCCCCUUCCAGUGUUCGGUCUUGGGGGAGGGGUGGAGGCGAAGGAGGGUGGGGGGAGGGGGGAAACAGUGGAAGUCGGAGUGAGAGGAUGGAAUGGUGGGAGACACGGGAGGAGAGGGAGUGGUGGAGAGGGUUAUGGGGAGGUGGAGCGCGGUGAAGUGGAGGUGGAGGAGACGAGAAGAAGCAGCACCAUGGGGAGAGUAGAGGCGAUGAAAAUUAGAGGCGAGAAGGGGAAGGGCUGGGAGAGGAGAAGUGUGUGGGAGGGGGAGGAAGGGUGGGAGAGGAGAAGUGUGUGGGAAGGGGAGGAAGGGUGGGAGCAGGAGAGGGUGGAGGCGAAGGAUGGGAGGAGAGGAAGGCGGAGUAGUUUAGAUGGGGGGGAUGUUAGCAGGAUUGAUACAAGCCGGGAAGCAUUCAAAGGUGGUGAUAUCCGAAGACCUGCUAUUUCUGGGCAGAAACACGAUUCUGAGAAUGGGCAUGAGCAUGACAGAUCGACCGGGCCUCAGAAUCGACGGCUGGGAAUGAGCAAAUCGCCCAUCAAGAUCCCUCCAAGGCCCACAGGGGGGUUCGAAGGCUGGGGGGGAGGGGGAGCGGGCGGAGGGGGAGGGGGAGGAGGGGGAGGAAGGGGAGGAGGAGGAGGAGGGGGAAGAAGUCCUGGUUUCAGCCCUAAACCACCAGUAGCUGCUGCAACCACCGCCAACACCACCACAGGUGGCAGCAACAGUGGUGGUGCUGUUGGGAGUGCUAAUGCCAGUGGAAGUGGCAUUAGCAGAAGUGACUCUAAGGAGGGGCGAGGGGUGGUGCAUGGUGGUGGGAGUGGGAGAGAACAAGGGGGGAAAGGGCAAGGGGUAGGCCGAGCUCCAGAGAGUCGAGGCAAACAGCACGCCGCCCAGACAUGCAGCGCACAAGAAGACGAGGAGCGAGGUGCCGGCCUUUUUGCCGCCCCUCUCCUCCAGCCCGGGCGGCACGGGCUCUCUGCGCCGCUUGCAGAGCUCUCCCCCCAUAUCCCCAGCACCAAGCUCGCGUGCCCUUCUUUUGAGGGUCUGUCCAGCCGGAGCCUGCCUUCUAGCCGGGUGAACGCUGACUCCAAUGUGGAGCUUAAGACUAAGGGCGCGGAGGGUGCCCCCCGCACCACCUGCUCGCUGAAGGCGAUGCGCGACCGUAUCGAGUCGGUUAAGAACACCCAGAAGAUUACCGAUGCGAUGAAGCUCGUCGCUGCUGCGAAGGUGCGCAGGGCUCAGGAGGCCGUCGUCAACGGCCGUCCCUUCUCGGAAAACCUCGUUAAGGUGCUUUACAACGUUAACGAGCAGCUCCAGAACGAGGACGUUGACAUUCCCCUCACCGAGAUCCGUCCCGUGAAGAAGGUCGCCAUCGUCGUUAACACCGGCGACCGCGGUCUCUGCGGUGGCUUCAACAACUACGUCCUCAAGAAGGCCGAGGCUCGUGUGGCUGAGCUGACGAAGCUGGGUGUGGCUUACACCAUCGUGUCCAUCGGCAAGAAGGGUAACGCCUUCUUCAAGAGGCGUCCCCAGUACGCCGUCGACAGGUACCUCGAGGUCGGCGCUGCUCCCACCACCAAGGAGGCCCAGGCCAUCGCCGACGAGAUCUUCUCCCUGUUCGUGUCGGAGGAGGUUGACAAGGUCGAGCUGAUCUACACCAAGUUCGUGUCCCUGAUCAAGUCCGACCCUGUGGUCCACACUCUCCUGCCUCUCUCCCCCGCCGGCGAGGUCUGCGACAUCAACGGCAUCUGCGUCGACGCUGCUGAGGACGAGCUGUUCAGGCUGACGACCAAGGAGGGUAAGUUCGCAGUCGAGCGCGAGACUAUCAGGACCGAGACUCCCGAGUUCACCGGCGUGCUAGGGUUUGAGCAGGAGCCUGUGCAGAUCCUCGACGCUCUGCUCCCGCUUUACCUGAACAGCCAGAUUCUCCGUGCUCUGCAAGAGUCCCUUGCCAGCGAGCUCGCUGCUCGUAUGAAUGCCAUGGGUAACGCCAGCGAUAACGCCAAGGAGCUGAAGAGGAACCUCAACCUGACUUACAACAGGCGGAGGCAAGCCAAGAUUACUGGCGAGCUGAUUGAGAUUGUUUCCGUACCAUACCUCCUCCCCAUUUCCCUCUGGAAGGACUCCCACAUUACGCCACGUCAAUUCACUGGCCCAUACGUGGCGCCUUUGCCCGACGGUUGGCUUGGCAAGAAAACCUCCGCGCCGUUCCUGUUCUCUUCCCAUUGCCCUGCUUUCGUUUUAGUCACACCCAUCAUGCUGGUUCACGUGCGCUCUCCCUCGCUAAGACUCGCUACACUCCCCAAUGCAGUCGCUUCCCUCCCCGUCUCCGCGUCCCAUGCGCCCGCGCGCCUCUCAAAUCCCGCCUUUCCCCUUCCGCGCAUGACUCCUGCGCAAGCGUUGCGCCCAGGCUCCACGCAGAAGCUGUUUUUCCGCCAAACCCGCGCCUUACCACGCGAAAGCGCAAGCGCGGAGCCACCCAAAGCGCCAGCAGGGGGAUCCGCGGAAGGAUCAGGCGCAAGCACGGAAGCAAAUAAGUUGGCGGGGACUCCGCAGCCGCCCGCGGGGGAAGUGGCAUCGGGGGGAGCGGUAGCGGCGGAAGGGGAUGAGGGGAAGCUUCUAGGGCAGGCGACGACUGCGGGGAUCUUCCUCCUGUGGGCUGGGCUGAUCGCGUAUGGCGCGUUUUUUGCGCCCCAUCAGACGCCAUAUCGCGAUCAGUACUUUCUGGAGAAGCUGCUCAACCUGAAAGGCGACGAUGGGUUUGUGAUGAACCAGGUGCUCGUGGCGCUCUGGAACCUCAUGGGCGUCAUGCCGGGCAUAUACGCCGCAACACUCGUCCCUGCAUCUCGCACCAAUCGCACCACCAUCCCAGCGUGGCCCUUCCUCCUCGCCUCAUUCUUCGCAGGCGCGUUCGCCCUGAUGCCAUUCUUUGCCCUCUGGACGCCCGGAGCAGCAGCAGUACCCACCGAGGAGGAGAGGGGGAAAUUUGGGCUGCGAGUUCUCGAGUCCAAGAUAACCAGUGCGUUACUGCUGCUGGCAGCAUCAGGGUUGGUCAUUAGUGCAGCAACAGCACCGUCAACUGACUGGCUUGAAUUCUUACAGUAUUUUCAGGAGAGCCUCUUGAUCCAUGUCACGUCAAUGGAUUUCGUUCUCCUAAACAUGUUCCUGCCCUUCUGGCUUUUCAACGACAUGGCCUACAGGAACUGGGCGCCUAGAGACUCAUGGGGUGUUGCCCUCCCCUUCCUCCCCGUUAUAGGCCCUGCCCUCUACCUUGUAAUGAGGCCAGGGCUCCCCCCGCCACUGCCGCCUGCUGCAGCUAAAAUCCAAGUCUGA